AUGGAGCUGGCGGGCAUCAGACCCGGGGCGACAGUGCAUCCGCGACCCCAGCCGCCCAUGUCCUGGCUGCCGCUGUUGCAGCUUCUCCUGCUGCUGCCGGGCCCAGCGGCCUCCCAGCUGCGAUACUCGGUGCCAGAGGAGCAGGCACCCGGCGCGCCUGUGGGCAACGUGGCUCGUGCGCUGGGGUUGGAGCUGCGGCGCUUGGGGCCGGGCUGCCUGCGCAUCCACCACCUGGGUGCGCCCAGCCCGCGCUACCUGGAGCUGGACCUGACCAAUGGAGCGCUCUUCGUGAACGAGCGCAUUGACCGGGAGGCGCUGUGCGAGCAGCGGCCUCGCUGCCUGCUCAGCCUGGAAGUGCUGGCGCACAGCCCGGUGGCAGUGAGCGCCGUGGAGGUGGAGGUGCUGGACAUCAACGACAACUCGCCCCGCUUCCCGCGGCCCGACUACCAGCUGCAGGUAAGCGAAUCGGUGGCCCCUGGAGCGCGCUUUCACAUAGAGAGCGCGCAGGACCCCGACGUGGGCACCAACUCGGUGCAGACCUACGAGCUCAGCCCCAAUGAGCACUUCGAGCUGGACCUGAAACCCCUGCAAGAGAACAGUAAGGUGCUGGAGCUGCUGCUGCGGAAGGGCCUAGACCGCGAGCAGGCAGUCUUGCACCACCUGGUUCUCACAGCUGUGGACGGGGGCAGCCCAGCCCGCUCCGGCACGGCGCAGAUCUCGGUGCGAGUCCUGGACACUAACGACAAUUCUCCCGCCUUCGACCAGUCCACUUACCGCGUCCACCUUCGAGAGGACUCGCCCCCAGGCACGCUAGUGGUGAAGCUGAAUGCCUCCGACCCGGAUGAGGGCUCCAAUGGCGAGCUCAUGUACUCCUUGAGCAGCUACACGUCGGACCGGGAGAGACAGCUCUUCAGCAUCGACGCCAGCACAGGGGAAGUGCGGGUCAGCGGAGCGCUGGAUUACGAGGAGGCCUCCUCCUACCAGAUCUAUGUGCAGGCAACUGACCGGGGUCCGGUGCCCAUGGUGGGUCACUGCAAGGUGCUGGUGGAUAUCGUGGACGUGAAUGAUAACUCACCAGAGGUGGUGCUCACGGACCUGUACAGCCCGGUGCCCGAGGACGCUGCCCCCAACACUGUUGUGGCCCUUCUCAGUGUCAAUGACCAAGACUCGGGUCCCAACCGGAAAGUGAGCCUGGCCCUGGAGGCCGCACUGCCUUUCCGACUGAAUGGUUUUGGAAACUCCUACACAUUGGUGGUGAGUGGACCUCUGGACCGGGAGCGGGUGGCCGCCUACAACAUCACAGUGACUGCCACUGACGGGGGAGUACCACAGCUCACGUCCCAGCGGACACUGCAGGUUGAGAUCUCUGACAUCAAUGACAACCCCCCCAGCUUCCCAAAGGACUCCUACUCCAUCUACAUCGAGGAGAACAAUUUGCCAGGGGUGUUGCUCUGCACUGUGCAAGCGACGGACCCAGAUGAAAAGGAGAAUGCGGAGGUGACCUACUCCCUCCUGGAGAGGGAGGUUCAAGGGCUGCCGGUCACCUCCUAUGUCUCCAUUAACAGUGCCAGUGGCAGCCUUUAUGCUGUCAACUCCUUUGAUUAUGAGAAGUUUCGGGAGUUUUUUGUGAUUGUGGAGGCCCGAGACAAUGGGAGCCCACCACUGAGCAGCACUGUGACCGUCAAUGUGUAUGUAGUGGACGUGAAUGACCAUGCCCCUCACAUCCUGUACCCUACCUCAACCAAUUCAUCAGUAGCCAUUGAAAUGGUGCCUCGAACUGCCCCUGCUGGCUACCUGGUCACUAAAGUCAUAGCCAUGGACUCAGAUUCUGGGCAAAAUGCUUGGCUCUUUUACCAUCUGUCCCAGAUUUCUGACCUGGACCUCUUUAAAGUAGAGCUCCACACAGGAGAAAUUAGGACUACCAGGAAGAUGGGAGACGAGACUGGAACCACUUUCAACCUGACCGUGGUGGUCCGAGAUAACGGAGAGCCAUCGCUGUCAGCCUCUGUGGCCAUUACAGUAGCCGUGGUGGAUAGGGUUUCCAGAAUCCUCCCUGACACUCAGAGACACGUGAAAAGUCCUCGGACAUACUCUGAAAUUACACUUUAUCUCAUAAUAGCACUAAGCACAGUGUCUUUUAUAUUUCUUUUGACAAUCAUUGUUUUGAGCAUCAUCAAGUGCUACCGCUACACUGCUUAUGGCACCACGUGCUGUGGAGGCUUCUGUGGAGUGAGGGAGAGGUGCCCUGCAGAACUCUACAAGCAGGCCAACAACAACAUUGAUGCCAGGAUACCUCCCGGCCUCAAAGUGCAGCCGCACUUCAUCGAAGUGCGAGGGAACGGCUCCCUCACCAAGACCUACUGCUACAAGGCCUGCCUGACAGCAGGCUCUGGGAGCGAUACCUUCAUGUUUUACAACACAGGGGCACAGACAGGACCAGGACCUGGGGGAGCCCAAGCAGCGGCAGGUGACAGCAGGCACCUCACAGGCCAAAGUGGGCAGAGUGCUGGGAACCUGAUUAUACUAAAAAAUGAAGCUGUUUCUCAACAUGAGCCACGACAGCCCAACCCUGACUGGCGGUACUCUGCCUCCCUGAGAGCAGGAAUGCACAGCUCUGUGCACCUGGAGGAGGCUGGUAUUCUACGGGCUGGUCCAGGGGGACCCGAGCAGCAGUGGCCAACAGUAUCCAGUGCGACACCAGAACCAGAGGCAGGAGAGGUGUCCCCUCCAGUCGGGGCUGGUGUCAACAGCAACAGCUGGACCUUUAAAUAUGGACCAGGCAACCCCAAACAACCUGGUCCCGGUGAGUUGCCAGACAAAUUCAUUAUCCCAGGAUCUCCUGCAAUCAUCUCCAUCCGGCAGGAGCCUACUAACAGCCAAAUUGACAAAAGUGACUUCAUAACCUUCGGCAAAAAGGAGGAGACCAAGAAAAAGAAGAAAAAGAAGAAGGGUAACAAGACCCAGGAGAAAAAAGAGAAAGGGAACAGCACGACUGACAACAGUGACCAGUGA